GCCAUGUUGGUCAGUUGGUCGUACUAGUGUACAUGCAUGUGUGUAUACACUUUUGUGUACCUUUAAUUCUACCACCCCAGAUUUAAAUGCACUUUGAAUUAUAUGGAAGCAAAAGCAUCAACAGCGCAUGGUGGAUUUGGACCGGACCCUCAUGGCCCCAACCAAACCCAUGAACCUCAACAGUCCCAGGAACCCCCCCAUGCUCCUCAGGGGGGCUACAGACCUCAACGGCCUGAGGAGUGCCAACGCAGCCACCCUUACCACCAUCUCCGGCAGCACUACAGCCGACCCUUCUUCUACAUACAGCCCCCCCAGCCAUACUUGCCACUUCAGUGGCCCAUGCCCAUGCCUAUGUCAAUGCCCUUCAACCCCUACUGUGGAUCCAGUGGGAUGGGUUAUGGCAUGGUGAUCCCUCCCUUCCAGCCAAGGCCCUACCUAGAGCCUCCAAGCUUCAUCCUGCCCUACUGCCGGCAACACCUGAAAGUCUACCGGCCCGGUAACCCCAACUACCAUCAGACCAUGGCCUACCAUGCUCGCAGGGUGCACUACCAGAACGGUCCCACUAGGGAGAUGGCCACCUCUGAGGUUCAGACAGACCCUCCAGCAGCCUCCCACCUCCCUGACCCGCCUCUCCCCAGCGGAGAUGGGUCUUCUAAGGGGGUCUUGGAUAACACCAAGGGUGGCACUGGAAAAGCCGUCAGCUCCUCACGGUCAAAGUACAUCGCCACAGCCUCUACUCUAAAAGAGGACAAGUCCCUGGCUGGCAAGGCCACAGGAAAGGCAACCUUGGCCACCAGAGGGGUGCCGAAGGGCAGCUUUGUGUUCCAGACGGAGGAGGUGAGGAUCGAGUGUUGCAGCACCCCCAGGGGCCUGAAGGUCCUGCGCUCUCGCCAGACGUCCGAGCUGACUCGCCAUGUGUCCAACAAGAGUCUGCAGCGUAGCUCCGCCCCGGGAAGGGCUCCCAUGCCGCAGGGGACGGGCUUGUGUCAGGAGGCGCAGCAGGAACGGAACCUGCAAACCUUCCCUGACGACCUGCUGGCAGGUGCGUUGCCCUGUGGCGGCAGUACUGGCUUGGAGGACUGUGGCUCUCACACCAAAAGGGGUCUAAAACCAGACUCUCCACGUGAAGCAGCUGAUGUGACCUGUGGAAUGCUGGUGCCCAAUGAUGCUGUGGUGACAGGGAGUGUCGAGGAGCAGAGGAAAAUCCUUCGUCUGCCCUUUGAGAUGCAGGACCUGGGAAAGCUGAGGAGGAUGGAGUCUUCGGUGUGGUCAGUAGAAUCUGUGGCACCCUCAUGUGAGUGGACUUCCCAGCACGGCCUGAUUCAGACCCAAGGGGAAACGCUGAACCCUCUGGAGGCGCCCCCUAUGUCAGAUGAGGUAAAGAUGGGAGAGGAGGUUUCUGUGGAGGAGGUUAUCCAGAUGACUGAGAUGGUCCCUAUGAUAGAGGGGGUCCCUGUGGCAGAGGGGGUCCCUGUGGCAGAGGGGGUCCCUGUGGCAGAGGGGGUCCCUGUGGCAGAGGGGGUCCCUGUGGCAGAGGGGGUCCCUGUGGCAGAGGGGGUCCCUGUGGCAGAGGGGGUCCCUGUGGCAGAGGGGGUCCCUGUGGCAGAGGGGGUAUCUGUGAGUCACAGUCCACCCGUGGUCAAUGUUCCCCCCACACCUUCAGAAAUAAGCCAGCUGAUGAAAGAGAUGAAUGACGUGGAUCAGCAUGAGACCUCUUUCGAGUCGUUGCCUGCAUACCUCCCCUCCACUAGCUGGCUAGCAGAUUCUGGGAACAACUAUUAUUACAGCAGAUUGCCUCCGAGAGUUCAGGAGCAGCACAGAAUCCUCACUGGCUAUCCUGCAGAGCUGUCCAGAAAGAGGGGAGUUGUCAAACCACAGCCUCAAGGUCACCUUGGGGCACUUGGGUUUAAGGAAGGGGAGUGUGGACACAGAGCUAAGGUGGACAGAAGAAGCCUCUCCGACAACGAGUGCUGCACCAACCGAAAUCUCAACAAAAACCCCCUCGUCCCAUCUAGCUCGAAACUGGAGCGCUUCUGUGCCAGAUGUUUGACAAAACGCAGAGCUCUCAUGUCUGUGCCAGAAGCACCACCAAUCAACAGGAGGGAGGUCCCUGUCUCGUUGUGGGAUGAAGCUUUGGCCACCUGCAGAUGCCAUCUCAAGAAGAGGGUAGCUGGACGUUCUAACAUCUCCGCUGUCCGCAAGGAAGAUCAGACCGAGGGAGAGUCUUCAGAGAACGGCUCAUGUCGGUCCAAACACAAAGGGCUCGAGGACCCAGCGAGAGCCCCCGAGCCCCGCAGGCCUCUGUCCACGAAGAAACAAGUGGAGAAAUGCCCCAUUGGUCCGCAUGCUAAACUCCGAGACAAGCUCUGCGCCUGCCGGGCUCACCAGCACCAGCACGCCACCUGGGAAGGGCCCCGCCGCCACAGACGCAUCAUGCGAGAGGACAACGAGGAGAACCAGGCCGUCCCACCACAGAACAGAUGUAGGCAUGUUGACCCACACUACCUAGAACCAAAAUGGCGAACAGAGAGAACUUGGAAGAGUGGUGGGAUGGACACAGACAAGUUUAAGAAUGCAAGCCUGUCACCGCACUUGUAUAUUGAUAAGAAAGCACAAUCACAAGGUAAGGAUUCACAAAGACACAAGAUGAUGAUUUACACGAGAGCACGUUCAAAGUAAAUUGAAAUCACUAUUCACAUUUCAUGACGUUCACAAAUUGACUCACAAUGCUCACUAUUUAUACCCGUGAAUACUUAUAUUAAACACUUUG